GGACCCUGGCCGCUGAUCGUGGUCAGCUGACCCUCACGAGUCAAUGAUUCAUGGCCCUGGACCAUAGCAGCAGUCGGGUCUCCUUCAGGCUGCAGACGUCAUGGAGCAGCUGGUGGAAUGUGUCCCCAACUUUUCAGAGGGUCGCAACAAAAAGGUGAUCGAUGCGAUCUCAGCAGCCAUCUCGGGCUCAGCGGGCUGCAGCCUGCUGGACGUGGACCCCGGAGCCUCCACCAACCGCACCGUCUACACCUUCGUGGGCUCUCCUGCAGCCGUGGUGGAGGGGGCACUGAGCGCCGCUCGCCAGGCCUUCACCCUCAUCGACAUGAGGGAGCACUCAGGUGAGCACCCUCGAACAGGUGCACUGGACGUCUGCCCCUUUGUCCCCGUCCAAAACGUCUCGAUGGACGAUUGUGUUCACUGCGCCGAAGUCUUUGGACAGAAAUUGGCAGAGAUGCUGCACGUCCCUGUUUUUCUUUAUGGUGAAGCAGCAAGAAAGGAAUCCAGAAGAAACCUCCCGUCUGUGAGAAGCGGAGAAUACGAAGCUUUACCUGACAAGUUGAAGCUCUCUGAUUGGUCCCCUGACUUUGGCCCCGCCCUGUUCGUGCCAUCGUGGGGCGCCACAGUAACCGGUGCUCGCAAGUUCCUUGUCGCCUUCAACGUGAACCUUGUAGCCACCAAAGAGCAGGCCCACCGCAUUGCUUUGGACCUCAGGGAGCAGGGCCGGGGGAAGGACCAGCCGGGGCUGCUGCAGAAGGUGCAGGCGAUGGGCUGGUACCUGGACGAGGCCAACAUCGCUCAGGUGUCCACCAACAUCCUGGACUACGAGCUUACCCCCCUCCACACUGUGCACCAGGAGGUCUGCAGGGUGGCUGAGGAGCUGAAGCUGCCAGUGGUGGGUUCUCAGGUUGUGGGUCUGAUUCCCCUGAAGGCCGUGCUGGAUUCUGCUGAGUUCUACAUCAAGAGUGAAGGGCUCUUCGUUGUGGAAGAGGAGCACAAAGUCCGGCUGGUGAUUAGUAAACUGGGUCUGGACUCCCUCGGCCCGUUCAACCCCAAGGAGAGAAUCAUAGAGUACAUGGUGAUGUCCCCAGAGCUCCGCCCCCUGGCGUCCUCGUCUCUACAGCAGUUCGUCCGGAAGGUCGGGGCUCGGUCGGCGGCCCCCGGCGGAGGAUCGGUCUCUGCUGCCGUCGCUGCUCUGGGGGCGGCGCUGGGCGCCAUGGUUGGUCAGAUGACCUACGGGAAGCGACAGUUUGAGAAGGAGGACAAGGUCAUGAGGAGACUGAUCCCUCAGUUCCACCAGGCCAUGAACCAGCUGCUGGAGAUGGUGGACCAGGACGCAGUGGCCUUCAGCAGCUACAUGGUGGCCCUGAAGAUGCCAAAGAACACUUCAGAGGAGAUGAAGAGGAGGACGGCUGCCAUGCAGGGGGGGCUGCAGGCAGCGGUGGCUGUGCCUUUGGCUCUGGCUGAAAAGAUCAGCGUCCUUUGGUCGCCCCUAAAAGAAAUGGUUGCCUACGGUAACGUGGCCUGCAAGUCAGACGCGCAGGUGGCAGCUAAAGCCCUCGAGAUGGCCGCCUUCGGAGCGUAUUACAACGUCACCAUCAACCUCAAGGACAUCGUGGACGAGGCCUUCAAGGCGGCGACCCAGAAGAGAGCGGCGUUGUUGCUGCAGGAAGCGAAGCAGAGCGCCGCCGCCGUCCUGCUCGCUUCGGACCAAAGGCACUAAAGCGCUCUUCCUUACGACCUUUGACCUCAGAAUGUGGUCCAGGGGCCGUGGUCAUGUAAUUUCUCAUGAUCAAUAAUGGUCGUUACAACCAACAUCCACAACGCCAUCGAGAAAAACACAAAGGAUGUGAAUCUAGUCUGAUACAUAGUGAAUCAAUAAGAACCACAUCAAUAGAUCAAUACAUGUUUAAAUAAACUAAUUUAACCUCAUGAAGAAUAUGUUUGGAUAUUGAUUACUGAUCAUCGCUGGCCAUCAGGGGGCAGCAGAGAGCAGUCGGACUCCCAAGAGACAAGUUAAUAUUCUUAUUGUUCUAAGCUCUCAACUAUGGGAAACAGCAAAGAAAGACCGGACAGGAAGUAGAGAAGAUGCACUUCCUUUCAGAGGGUCAGAGGUCACGGUCACAUGCUUAACCAGAAAUCCUCAGCAGCAGUUUUUCUGAUUCACAGCUAUUCUUAUAAUUGAUGAAUAGGUAUAUUAAUCAUCAUAAUUACCAUGUUUUACGUAUUGACGAUUAAACGUAUUACUUGCUUAUUAUUACUCUUUCAAAAUAUUUUUACUUAUGACCAAGAAUUAAUCAUAAUAAAUAUUAUUUCUAUUGCCUCUGAAGACGGUGAGUUUUACCUGUUAUUUUUUGCUUGUUUGUGUCUGUUUGGCUUCACAUUCAUGAUCUUUUAAGUUUAAGUAUAUAUUUGAAUAUAUAUAUAUAUAUAUAUUAUUCAUAUAUUUAUACGAGCAGAGGGGACGUGCAGGAGAAGCAGAUAUCUUAAUUUACAAAUAAUACCGUGUAUAUAAUCCAUGUUUUAAAAACACAAAAAUAUUGACUAUUUGUAAAAUGUUUUUUUAAUGUAAUAAACAACAAAAAUUAAUUAAUUUAAAAUUAAAUUGAAAAAAUAAUUACUAAAACAAUUACCAUUAGAGCCAUGACGACAUCAGCAGCAGCUUCAGUUUAACACUAAUGUUUGAUCUGGUGCCCGAUUUCACAAUAAAAGCCUCGCAGGCAAUGAUCCACCAGCAUGUUUCAACAAUAAUAGUUUUUGUACUUAGUUCAAGUUGAAUGUACUUAAUGUAUUAAGUUGUUGAACUCAAAUAUAUUUGUUGCUUGUGUACUAGCUAGAUGCACCGUAAACUCCUUAUGUUUGAUUUCACAUAUUAAAAGUUCCAUUUGCUUAUGUUGACCAUCUAUCUGCAUGUUAAAGCUACCUCUAUGCUACAGGGUGUAAGGUCUUAUUUUGCAGACCGGGGUCCCCUCCUUUUAAGGCCCAUCUGUUCUGUCUGCCGUCCCCAAAAAGGUACGUCUCAUCAUGGGUUUGAGCUGCAUGUAAUGCUUUUAUUUAAGUGUUGUGGAUGCUUUAAAGCUGAUAGUGAAGGUGAUCACAAAUGCAAUCACCAUCACUAUCGAGAUGUGCUCCCACUGUACAUAGACAUGCGUGCUAUAAACAAGAAUAUACCAAAAUAGGACAAAUAAUCUAUAUAAGUGACAGCAAAAGUUAAUAAAUAAAUUAGUAAACAGACUUUGUUUUACAUUCAUAUAUUGUGUUGGGUCACAUUCACGAUGCAGUUUGUGAGGAGCAUCCUUCUGCCUGGUUACAUGGAAAUGAAUGGUUUAAAAUCAACAGUCUAAAUGGGUAAAGUUAUUCAUUCAAUUAAUAUUAUAAC